ACUGGAAAAAGGCAUGGAGUUUCAAACUCUAAACAACUUAGAAACAGAACUCCAUGAGCCUCCUCAAGUUUUGUUUGAAGACUAUGACAGCACCUGCUCCACACCUUAUGUUAGUGCUCCUUCAAGCCCUGGUCGGGAACCAGGACCAGGAUGGAUUCAUGGUGGGUUAUUUUAUAGUGCACCAGCUAGCCCCAUCCACUUUACAAUGACCUCAAUAGCUUCAAAGGUAUCAUCAACUCGACCAUCUUCACCUGAUAACUCACCGCUGCCUCUUGGUUCCGAGUUUGAGUUUUCUGCAAGGUUUGGUUAUACUGGGUCGGAUCAAACAAGAUCCAUGACCUCAGCUGAUGAACUUUUCUUAAAUGGGAAGAUCAGACCCUUGAAGCUAUCAACUCAUUUGGAAAGGCCUCAGGUUUUGGCUCCUUUACUGGAUGUUGAACAUGAAGAUGAUGACGGGAGUGAAGAUGUAAGAGGCAGAGAUGUGAAGGUGAGGGUGGAUAAGAGAAGAGCAAGAUCCAUGUCCCCUUUAAGAAAUGCUACUUUCGGCCUUAAAAUCCAUGACCAAAACAUGUGCCUAGAUAAAGAUUUAGGCCAUAAAACUGACAGGAACAACAAUGAAACCAUCAGUGAUCCAAUGUCAGCUUCUUCUUCUUCUUCUUCAGAUGGAAGAAGAUCAAAAGGAUGGGUUUUUCUUAAAGGUUUUAUAAGGAGCAAAAAUGAAGGGCGAAGCAACAAUAUUAAGUUAUGGUCAACUUUUUCAUUCUCUCCAUUGAAGGAAAAGAAAGCAGGGAACAAGAGCAAUGCUGUGGUUCAGGAACCUAACCACAAGCCUGUGAAUGGAAUGGGGAAGAGGAGGGUUCCACCAUCACCCCAUGAAUUGCAUUACACAGCAAAUAGAGCACAAGCUGAAGAAAUGAGGAAGAAGACUUUUUUGCCUUACAGACAAGGCUUGCUUGGGUGUUUAGGGUUCAGCUCAAAAGGUUAUGGUGCCAUGAAUGGCUUAGCUACAGCUUUAAAUCCUGUUUCUUCCAGGUAA